GUGGCUGCUGUGGCUGAUUGCCACGGCUAGCUGCAUCAGCAUCAAGCAUCGCGUGCAGUCCUUAGCCUUCUUGUACGGGUAUUUGUAUGAUCCCUCGCACAUCUGCCUGUCAAGACGUCGUCCCACCUGGACAACCCUUCGGAGGCGCAGCCCGUUGAGGGCGAAGCCCUACAGGAAGGGCUCAUGGAAGUGGAGCUGGAAGAGUCCCCCACUGCUGCUGUAGUGGAGCAAGGUGGAGGAGCUCCGCGGGUGGUCACCGCCAGUCGGCUGCCAUACGUCAUCAUCUGCACGGUAGGCGUGGUGAUGCUCGUCGUCGGCGUAGCAGUGACCACGUACAAGCUCCAGGCCGGCAGCAACAUUUUGUCCUUCUUCAACAAGUCUUUCGUAACGCUCCUGUCGAACACGAGCAACACAGGCAGCAACGAAUCUACUGCCCCCAAACACCUAUUGAAACACGAAAGGCGAACCGUCGACUCGGAGAGCACCUGCAAGUCCGACGUGUGCGGAUGGCUGGAAGGCUACCUCCGCAGCAAGUUUAACGCCUCCGUAAACCCGUGCCACGAUUUUUACGGCUAUGUCUGUUCGCGCCAUUGGUUUGCAAACGACCUGGACAUUCAGCACAGGCUCUACAUCGACAGGACGGCAGGCAUGCUCAUGAUGGAUAUUGAAAAGUUCUUCCGUGACUACCUGAAGCAGAACGAAGAGAGAUACCACAAGUACCCCGGGGUGUUCCUCCACCAGGCCAUAUCGUUACUACCCAAGUGCCAAUCGGAGGAGAAGAACGAUAAGAACAUGACGUCCUUAAAGGCCUUACUGGAGGAAUACAACUUGGGAAGCUGGCCUUACCGGAAGGCACCGCGCGGAGUCAGUAUUGUCACGGUAUCGGCCUUCGUAGACCGAGACCUGGCCGUCUUUCCCUUCGCUAAGGUGACCCUCCGCAAGCCUUUUGAAGACGAUCGGGGAUAUACCGUGCACCUGGACAAACCGAGCCUCACCCUGAAAAGACACCAACUCGCUUUCCUGGACGAAUCCGUAGAGAACUACACCCGCAAAGUUGCCCUGGCUCUGUCGUUCCUUGACAAGCAAGAGGAGGAACAAGCCGAGGCCAUCGUCCAGCUGGAGAAGAAACUGCUGAGCGCCAUGCCAGUUACACGCUUUGUAGAGUUCCAGGACCGCAUUAAACGCAUCGGCCAGUUGGAACGCAAGGGAAAAUGGGACUGGAAAGAGUACCUCACCAUCCUGUUUCAAGACAUUGAAGUCUUCGACAGCGACAAACCGGUGGCGGUGCUCAAUCAGGAGUACCUCAACAAAAUGGCGGCUAUCUUGAACGAAACCGAAACCGUCACCCUCCUCAACUACGUGGGAUACAGGCUCGUGGUACAAGUGUCGCCGCUGUUAGCGAAGGCGGCUAACCCGCUCUUGAGACUCAGCCACGACGACUAUCGAGAGUUUGUCCCAGACCGGCUACAAGCAUGCAUGCAUCUUCUCGAACGCGUCUACAAGCAUGGCGUGCGAUUUUUUGCUCGAAUGACCUUCAGCAAGAACAAUGCCACGUUGCUGCUCAAACACUACGACCACAGUAUGUCAAACAUUGAGACGCAACUCAAGGGAACGAUGGCCGACCGCCUCUUGUCCACGUCCUCCUGGUUGGACCGUUCCGCCAUCGGCAUUGGCGUCGAUAAGAUCGAGAACAUUCGCUUCGUUUUCUUGGGCAGCACGGACGACAUCAACAGCAUCGCUAAUUAUUACAACUUCAACGCCCAACCGCUGGACGGGAGUCACUUGUUGGAAAGCUUUCGGGAAAUUCAUGCAGGGACUAGGAAUAUCUACUGGGAAACCAAGCCUCCGAAAGAUGAUUUAGACGCACGCUAUGAACACAGUGCGUUGUCUCCUGGCUUCGAGUACAUGUUCGGUCGCAAUGUCCUCUUCAUUCCCCACGGGAACAUUGCCUUCCUCAACGACAUCUCCAAGACCAUUGAGCCUCUCCUCUAUCCUCUGCUCCUGCCCAACGUGCUCCGCGGCAUGUUUGCGGCCGUCGACCGCAGAGGCGCCACCGUCGACCAUAACCUUGCUGUUGCAACGUGGUGGAACACGGACGAACUGAGCAAGUUCUCGCAGAUGGAACUCUGCUUCCAGGACCAGUACUACAUUGAGAUCAGAGACCUCGUUGGAGACAACUUCGACGCCCGCAUACGGCUCGACGAAAACAUCGCAGACAACGCCAUAGUGGCCCCGUUGCACGACGUCUACUACAAGGCAGUCACGUCACAGGGAGUAUCACUGGAGAAGCAAAGGCUUUCGGUGGACGUCGGGGACUUGGACUUGCAGAAGUUGUUCUUUGUCCUGUACGCGUUGGGAUUGUGCGAUAAUCCGCUACGGGAAGCUGCCGUCCGAAGGAUUCGGUACGAAGAAAUGCCAGGGCGGCUCAGAGUUAACAUUCCACUCAUGAAUUUUCCAAAGUUCUCUAGCGCCUUCAACUGUCCUGUAGGAUCGCCCAUGAACCCAGCGAGGAAGUGCUCUGUGUGGUGAACUGCCUUUGUUUUAUGAUGACCUGUUGUUGUUUGGCUUAUUGUCACUACUGCGGGAUCGUGGUGAACAUUAAAGAUGCCGUUACGAUA